AUGUGGCUCUGGGCACUGCUUCCGAUCUGCUUGGCGGUGUUUGGCACUGUGGGCAUAUGGGUUGUGUUUGGUAUCGCUGUAUCGAAUGAGACUGUUAACAUCACAGACAGAUUCCCCUACAUCAGUGAAUGUGGCACCUAUAAUCCUCAGAGCUGCAUCUUUGCUCAGAUCUGCAAUGUCUGUGCUAUCCUCGCCCUGUGGGUUGUGGUGAUCCGGUUUCAGCAGGUCAGGGACUAUGGUCAGAACAGCAAGGUGAACAUUGCCAGUAUCGUACUGGGCUUCAUCUCCUGUGUGGGCAUCUCCAUCAUCGGAAACUUCCAGCAAUCUGUAGUGAUAGGGAUCCACUUGUUGGGAGCGUUUUUGACCUUCUUCGUGGGCUUGGCCUACUUCUGGCUGCAGGUGUGGCUCUGCUACAAAGCCCACCCCUUUAAAGACCGGCACUUGGUUGGACCUCUUCGAGCUACCUUCUGUAGCAUCUGCAGCGUCCUGGUCAUCACCAUGGUUAUACUUCAUACUACCAGCUACAAAUCUGGAGCGGCCGUUUGUGAGUGGGCCUUGGUCAUGUCCUUCUUUGUCCUUUUUGGCCUCUUUGGGUCCGAGUUCCGUCACAUCGACUUCCACCAGCUCACCGUGCAGAAACAAGGUCUGAAGACACAGAACACCAACGGAGUGGUCAGAAUGAAUUAUGUUUCAUAG